UGAGCAACUCAUCUGUCAUCAACAUAAGCUUUUCCUGUUCUACUCAUGGCUGCGGUUCAUGAUGAUGAUGGUGAAGUUGGCUUUGAAGAAGGAAUGCCAUGGCUACCCUCUCAUGUUCUGGACGAGGCAUUCGAUUUUAAGGUAUAUAUGGAGAACAGUCACCAAAAACAGAAGCAGCAGCAGCAGCAGGGAAACCACAGAUUUCAUCGAGAACCUAGGUCACAGUACACAAAAUUUACUACAAGAUCAUGGUAUCAAAGGUCUAAACAGGCCACAGGUGGGCCUGGAAUGCAAGCAAUUUUCUUAGUUUCUGGGCAGGGAUCAUGUGGUACAGGCGUGUUCUUACCCCAAAAAGCAGGCACAAAAUCAACCACGAAGCCAGCUUGCGCUCCCGUCCUCCUUCCAGCUCGAGUUGUUCAAGCACUGAAUCUUAAAGUGCACCAAUUAGGUCUGCAGAUUUCACCCCCUCAAGUUCCCAAAUAUAGCCCAGGACAUGAACAAUACAGCAGUGAGUCAACAAAAAAGAAAAGGGAUCAGAAAAAUACUCUCAAACAAUGUUGUGUCAUUUCUCAAAGUCAAAACUCUUCUCCAGAGAUAUUCCUUCCAAAGGAAUGGACUUACUAGUUCCUUAUUUGAUUAACACAAAAGAAGAGACACAGAAGGAGCUGACAUUGUAUAUGCAUGCAAUAAAUUAGAGACAAUUCUAUCAUAAAAUUAAA